AUGAGAGUCAGUCCCUUUCUGGUGGGGCCUGUUGCAGCCCAGACUGGCACGCACCAUGUUUUCUGCAAGCGCAGAAACUUCUGAACCUUAACACAGAAGAUCUGCUGGAAUUUUCUGAUAAUCACAGGAACAGUCCCAAACAUACCUCCACACUGGAGUCAGCUCGCAGCAGAAGUGACUGAAAUGCGCUUUCUGGGAUAAAAGCCACUGGUGGACUGGUACAUAUUAUCAAAGAAUACUUAUAAAUGAACCUGGUUGUGACAUUGUAUCUGCGUGUGCACAGUGUGUGAAGAGGACAGAGUAUUAACUAGGAUGUCAACGGAGUCAGAAAUUCAACAGGUUGUCAGGGCCGGCACGAGAAAGGAAUCCAAAAAGAAAGGUCAGGAUCGGAGUGAAGCUGGUCUGAUAAAACGGUUUAAAGGAGAUGGAUUCCGGUAUAGGGCAAAACUAAUUGGUGUGGAUGAGGUUUCAGCUGCAAGGGGAGAUAAACUCUGCCAGGAUUCAAUGAUGAAACUAAAGGGAAUUGCAGCUGCAGCACGGUCAAAAGGGGAACAUAAACAGAGAAUCUUUCUGACCAUUUCAUUUGGAGGAAUAAAAAUCUUUGAUGAAAAGACAGGAGCUAUGCAGCAUCACCAUGCAGUUCAUGAAGUAUCAUACAUUGCCAAGGACAUCACUGAUCACCGCGCCUUUGGUUACAUUUGUGGCAAAGAAGGGAAUCACCGCUUCGUGGCAAUAAAGACAUCCCAAGCAGCUGAACCUGUAAUUCUUGACCUACGUGAUCUCUUUCAACUCAUUUAUGAACUGAAACUUCGAGAGGAGAAGGAGAAAAUGGCACAAAAGGACAAACAAUGUGAGCAAGCAGUCUAUCAGACAAUUUUGGAGGAAGAUGUGGAAGAUCCUGUCUAUCAGUACAUUGUAUUUGAGGCUGGACAUGAACCAAUCCGUGAAACAGAGGAGAGCAUUUACCAGGUGCCAACAAGUCAGCAGAAGGAGGGUGUCUAUGAUGUGCCAAAAAGCCAUUCUUUACAGACAAUUCAUCAGUUGGACCUCUUUGGUGAUAUGUCUACACCCCCUGACAUUACAUCACUUGGGACCCCAGCAUCACCUGCAAAUGCCCUUGGAUCAGACACAUUUGCCUCUGGAGUUCUAAGUGCCCAGCCGACAGGAAGACCUGACUUGUUUGGAUCUGUUCCUUUCAACACUGCUGGUGUGCCCACAGGAUAUGUCACGAUGGGAGCAGUACCACCUGCAGUCUGGGCGCAACAAUCAAGUGCUCAAAAUAUCAUCAACCCUUUGUUAGCUGGAGUCCAGUCAACAGCAUGGGGCCAACCUACCUUAUUUGCUGUUCAGCAGCAGUGGGCUCCUGUUGGAAGCCCAUUCCAGCCUACUGUUUUCAUGUCAGCACAAACUCCUAUGCCACUACAAACUGCCAUGUUUAAAGCAGCCUUAUCUGCUGGCCAACCGACAAUUGCCAGUCAUCAAGAAGAGAAGCCAAAACAGAAAAUGGGGAAGGAGAUGUUUAAAGAAUUCCAAAUGAUCAAACCCCCAGUAGUGCCAUCAAGAAGAAACGAACAGCCAUCACUCUCGUGCACCUCAGAGGCCUUCACAAGCUAUUUUAACAAAGUUGGGAUGGCACAGGAAAUGGAUGAUGCUGAUGACUUUGAUAUCUCUCAGUUAAAUCUAACUCCAGCAACCUCCAAUUCCACACCAUCAUCAACCAAUUCACCUCCAACUUCAUCUCCACAUCAGCACACACCUGAGGCAUCUUGUCAGCACACACCUGCGACAUCUCCUCCUCAGAGCACGCCAGCUGCUUCUCCCCUUCAGACCUCUCCCACCACUUCUUGUCACCAGAAUGUUCCAUCCAAGUCACUAACUGAGAAUCCUAGUGAGCCUACUCCCGGUGGCCAAUUGGGGGAUGAGUUGGACAACCAAACCAACAGCAAGUUGCAAGUAGCUAUUGUUAGUUGUGAGACAUCUGCAAACAACGAUGUAGUUGGUGAUUGUCUUGAUGAUUCUUUAACCCCACAGACAGUCGGUUACUGCAAAGAAACCCCCAUGGAAUUAAAUGUUCAAUCAAAUGUGUUAAAUAUAGCCAAAGUAGGAAGGCAAUGGAAAAGAUCAUUGAGGAGUCCAUCACAGCCAAUUGAUUGCAUUGUUUCUUCCUGGUCUUCAUGGAGCACUUGUGACCCUUGCCAGAGCAAGCACUAUAGGUAUGCAAGACUUGAAGUACCAUCUCAGUUUGGUGGCGUACCAUGUGACUCUUUUGACAGACAAGAGAAACCCUGCAGAGGUGCCUGCAGAACAAGGAAUUUAUGUGAGGGUUUUGUGUGUGCUGAGACAGGUCGAUGCAUUCCUCGCAGAGUCCUUUGUAAUGAAGAUGAUGAUUGUGGAGAUAAUUCUGAUGAAAAAACUUGCAGAAGUGUUAGUAAUGCAUGUUCCAGAGAAACUGAACAGUAUUGGGCUGUACAGCAUAUUGGCAGUGGAUACAAUAUUUUAAGUGAGACUCUAGAGGGAACUGUUUUAGACAACAGGUAUUAUGCAGGAAGUUGUGCACCAUAUUAUGUGAACAAUGUAAGAUUCAGAAAACCACACAAUUUGGAAUUCUACAGCCCUGAGACUGAAGGAAAAUUUGAACUAUCAUUGAGUGAGCAUGAAUCAUUUUCAAAUUUUUCACACAGUAGAUUUCAAUCUAAGAAUCAGAAGUUUGGUUUUAGUUUUGGAAUUAGCUUCCCAGGUGUUUUUGAAAUUGGAGCCAGUUACAAUAGUAACAAUUUCAAUAAAAUGAUGCGUAAGCUCCUCAAGAACUCUUCAUCGAAAAAGAAGAUGUUUCAUUCACAAUUCUCACUCCAAGUGGCUCGGUUUAAGUUCAAACCCAGGGGACUCAUGCUCCACUAUGACUUUUUCCAAAGAAUUAAGCAGCUGCCAACAGUGUACAGUUAUGGAGAAUACAGGGAUGUCUUUAAGGACUAUGGAACCCAUUACAUGAGUGAGGGUAUACUUGGCGGAACAUAUGAAUAUAUUUGGGCAGUUAACAAAGAGCAAAUGCAGAGAGACGGUUACACAUUGGAUGAUGCUAAAGACUGUGCAAAGGCAGGAUUUAAUGUAGGGGCAAACAUUAAAGGAGUCUAUGUUGCUGUUGACGUCAAUGCUGGAGCUUGCAGUGGGCUUCUGGACAUUAAAGGAGAGGGUAUUUCCAGAUCAAAAUACACCGAAGAUUUCAUAGUAUUCGUGAGAGGUGGAGCAAGUGAGCAUGUGACUGCUCUUGCUCACAAACAGCUUCCAACUGUAGAGCUGAUGCAGGAAUGGGGAGAUGCUGUUGAGUAUAAUCCAGAAAUCAUUAAAUUUAAGCCAGUACCUCUUUAUGAGCUAAUCACUUCAGAUACAUUUCAGAGUGCCAGUAGGAUCAAAGCCAACAUGAGGCGAGCCCUCGAGGAGUAUCUGAUGGAAUCCAGUUUCUGUCGAUGUGCUCCAUGUCAAAACAAUGGUGUUGCUGUUCUUAAAGGCACCCAGUGUUCAUGCAUAUGUCCUGCUGGUGCUCAUGGAACUGCCUGUGAAAAUACAGCCAGGAAGGAUUUUUCAGUCGAUGGGAAGUGGAGUUGUUGGUCACCUUGGUCUGAAUGCAGAAAUAAACAAAGGAUAAGGACCCGACAGUGCAAUAAUCCCCCACCAGACAACGGUGGCCAAGCAUGCAGAGGUGAUAAUCAGGACACACUGUUAUGCUAA